AUGGCACGCAGAGCACUGUUUCCAGUCUUAUACACACUCCUUUUUAAUAAAUUGGCGUUGGCCGAGCCUGUUCAAGUACUAGACACGGAUUUUCCAGACCCUUGUCUGAUUCAGACGACUGAUGGAUACUAUGCUUUUGCUACCUCGGGUAAUGGUGUGAAUGUACAGAUUGCCUCAUCGUCAGACUUUUCCACGUGGGAGCUUAUGUCCGGUGUGGAUGCUCUGCCAGGCCCAUUUCCGUCAUGGGUAGCUUCCUCCCCUGCAGUGUGGGCUCCUGAUGUAAAUCAAAUGGAGGAUGGCACGUUUGUCAUGUACUUUUCCGCUGCCUCCAGUGAAGAUGACAGCAAGCACUGUGUCGGAGCUGCCACAUCCAGCAGCAUCACAGGGCCCUACACCCCAGAGGAUAACUACCUAGCCUGUCCACUGGACCAAGGCGGUGCCAUUGAUGCAGACGGGUUCAACGACGGAGGCACAUACUACGUCGUCUACAAGAUAGACGGUAACAGCCUCGAUGGCGACGGCACCACACAUCCCACCCCCAUCAUGCUACAAGAAGUCGAGUCCGAUGGUGUCACACUAUCCGGUGAUGCGACUGAGCUUCUCGACCGUGAUGAUGCGGAUGGACCGCUCAUCGAGGCUCCCAGCUUGGUGAAUGUGGGUGGGACGUACUAUCUCUCCUUCUCGUCCAAUAUGUAUGACACAACGCUGUACGAUGUGAGCUAUGCAACGGCCAGCUCUGUGACCGGCCCAUAUACCAAAGCUCAGGCCCCAGAUGCGCCACUUCUUGUGUCUGGAGAUCCAAGCAAUGUUGGCAAUCUAGCGGGACCUGGCGGUUCAGACUUCUCUUCUGAUGGCACCAAGAUUGUAUUCCAUGCUUUUCUGAACGGCGUGAAUAUCAGUGACGGGCGGGCUAUGUGGACCUCUGGCAUCAGCUGUUCCGGGGGUGUGAUCAGUUUGGCUUAA